AUGAACUUUAUCCGCUCUCUACUUAACGGCUGGAUGCCCCAAACGACCGAACAGGACCUCGCACAGGCCAAGUCGACCGUCGAGGUUCGUUCAGUGCCAGCAUGUCGUCAUCGUCCUCAGCCCGGCCUCAAGUCGUGAGGACACGGUCUUCUCAUGGUAUCUGACGGAAUCUUAUUGUGCAUGCACUCAGUACCUGAUCAGCUCGGCCCCGAUCGCGAUCUUCUCCAAGAGCUACUGCCCCUAUUGUCAGUCGUUGUCAUCCUCGGCGAUCGGGUGCUGCUGUCGUCCGAUCGCCGACGAUAAGCAGGUGCAGAUGCAUUGACUGACGCAAGCGGAUUUUCCCGUUUUGCAAAGGCGUCAACGCCAAAUCACUCCUCGCCAAGCUCGGUCAGAAAGGAAACACAAAGGUGGGUUGGGCUUCCGUUGUCUACCUACACCCCGCUUCGGCCUCGGAAUUCUCUAGAGAAGGCGCAUGCAGCACUGAUCGUACUGAUCGCGGUAAUUCGGUCCGCAGAGCAUCGAACUGGACCAUGAGAACAACGGUGUCGCUAUCCAACGCUACUUGGCUGAACGAAACCAUGUGUCGAGAGUCACUGUACCUCAGGCGAGUCAGCAUUUGUGCGACAUCCCUUUUGACCGGUUCCUCAUUCAUGUCGGUCUUCACUUCUGCAGAUCUACAUCAAGGGCCAGCUCAUCGGAGGCUGCUCGGACUUGCAGUCCUUGCAUUCGGGUGGCAAGCUCGAACCGCUCCUCAAGGCGCUCUAA